AUGUCUUUCUUCGGUAUUGGUCGCCCCCAGCCCUCCUCGGCAGAAAAGAUUGCCGCCGUCGAGACGGAGAUGAAGUUCCUGGCUGAUCUACACAACCGCCUCAACAAGGCGUGCCAGGCCAAGUGCAUCCCGGGCGACUACAGGGAAGGCGAGCUGAACAAGGGCGAAAGCGUGUGCCUCGACCGCUGCACCGCAAAGUUCAUGGACGUUCAAAUGAAGGUCUCCGACAUCCUACAAGGCGAGCAGCAGAAACAAGCGGGCGGCGCCCGCGGCUUCGGCAUGUAA